AUGGACCAAGAUUCAGUAGAGUCGUCGCCAGAACGUGCGGUCUCAUCAGAGCCUUGUUCGAUACAUCCAUUUCCAUUUGAUGAUAACGAACAACAUUCUGCGAGAAAGAGACAAAAGACUUCUAAGAGUGAUUCAAGAAGCAGGUCGGUUGAUACAAAUCCAGCCUCAGAUAUUCUGCCCGAUUCAAUGUCGUCACCGAAAGAUGUCCCAGAUGUUCUUCAAGAUCCUCUCCCACCAAGCACUCCAACACGACCUACGACGGCGCAUUCUCAAGUCGAGCGAACAUCCAGUCGAGUUACAAUUAAUCUGCGAACCCCUCAACCUCCAAUAGAAUCGAACCUCUCCAGCCCCAGUCCGGCUUCUCCUAAUACUCCAUCGAAAAUGACAAAUACUGAGGAAGACGAAGGUGCCAGAAUCAGUAUUGAAUCCGAGAGCGAUGUCUUAUCAACUGUGCCAGCUUCAGUUCUCGAAUCUCCCUCUUCCUCUCCUUCUGUGAUGGAAGGAAGUCCAGAGGUUGAAAUCAUCCCUGUCAGUUCUGAUAACCCUGAGCGAAGCCCAACUCUGGCUAUUAUCGAUGAGGAGGAAGUUUUUCCUGAUCCUCUAAGUCACUUUCCUUCCCAACACCGUGGAGAAAAUAUUAUGCAGGCACUCAAGAGGGUUAUCCAAAUUUUGCAAUAUGAAGCCAUUGAAACUGAGGAUGUAUUUGUCCAACUCCGAGAUUGGAUAGAUAAUUUUCUCCGCUUCGCCAAUUCAGAUAAUCGCUUGCAUGGCGCAUUCAUUAGGCAUAAAGAGUUUUGGCUUGCAUUUCCAGAGUUGAUAUGGGGAUUGAAUUUCCGAACCCGUUAUUUCGGACAGUUCAUGCAUAGAAACGACCCCCGUUCGAAGUCUCUAGCCCAAUUCCUUUAUCAGUACGCCAGACUAUCCGGGAGCUUUCUCGCAAUGGAUGUCAAAACGUUAUCGUAUGACACAGACUCAACACCGGAUCUCGUAGCGCCUCGUUACCUUCCAACUUAUAGUCACCUACUAAAGGUUGAUCUGGAGGCAGGUCAUAUUGGAAAAAGUGUGGAGAACUACUAUCACUGGAGGUGGGAAGAAGAUACUGCUGAGUUUUUAUCUUAUUUUGAGGCUGGGGGCGCAUCGAUCUUUAAUCUCACCAAGUACGUUGAAGGGCAGUUGAGAUUUCUACCCAAUCUUCCAAGAUUAUUUGAUAAUUUGACCGAGCCGUCAAGAUUGGUGGAGAAAAUAAAUUCUGCUGCCGCAGGGUUCAAAAGACACCUACCACACGGUAUCCACGGCGGCCUGCAUCAAGUUGACGACGCAAACCGGAAGUUGACCCAUGGAUAUGAAUUCUUCAUUAUUAUGUCUUCAGCGCUGGAGUCUAUCAUUGAGAAAAAUGUCACAUUUCUCUCUCCGGAUGCUGCAGCUACGCAUAUUAAUUCUCUCGCGCAAAUAUCAUUGCACUCGAUGGCGUGCAAUCCUCGAGUAGCAAAGGAUCGAAUCGAAAUUCAGAGAAAGGCCUACCCCGAUGCUCCAGACACACACCUCUCCAAGAUCAUUUCUCUUGAGUGGAAGUUUUCCGUUCUCAAAAAACUUAUCACUUCAGCUCAGAUGCAACUUCGAGUGGUUGGCGUAACAACCAUGUGCCAAGAUCUCUUGAUGCUUCACAGUAAUUAUCGAUCAAAAGAAGGACUCCCCAAUGGUGGUUUAAUUCUACACCACUUUGCAAAGUUGAUAUUACAACAUAAGCUGAUUGACUAUAUUGUCGGUAUUGGAUCUCACCCCGAAAUUAUUAAUGAGAGCAGCAACAUCCUUGGCUUCUUGGUCGUUACGAAGUCGUACGAGGACGAGCAGACCGACACCAUCUGGCAGACUGUGAUGACAAGCCAGGACCCAAGGGUUGUGGAAGCCAUUUUGAGAAUGGUGAAAAAAGUUUUAAGCUUAUACGAGUAUCCAGCUUGUCUCUACAUAUGUCAGAAGGUUGCUGCUCUCCCAAUACAGGCGUUUACUGUCGCAAUGAGAGAUUUUUGCGAAAAUCUUUUCAGAGAGAUUUCCAACAAAUCGGGUCGUAGAGAGCUCGACGCUCCUCCUUAUGACAUAUGCGUCCGGCUGAUCCGUGAGUCAUCAAUUGCCAGCGAUGGUUGCCCGAACGGUUAUCCUGAGAUUCAGAAUUUUGCUGCAACUCACCUUCGUGAACUGCUUGUGCAUGGACCUGGUCAGGAAGCCCGCAGAGAUAUCUACCUGAGUUGUAUAAAGGACAUCUCUGAUAUGACGACCACCGCACCGGGCAGCAUAUGUGUCAUCAGUGCAUUACUUCAUCAAAGUUUGCUGCCGGAUCUUCACACUCUUACCACUGGACAUGGCCUUACAAGAUUAAUGGUCGAUGAAUUGGAAUUGAGUAUAGCUAAAAACCGCUCUCUCGCUUAUGAUAGCCCUACCAAUAUUGCUCGUCGCGAAAUCUUGCUACAAAUCAUUUUGGUGGAGGCCGACACGAUCAAUACCGAACUAGGGACACGACUUUGGAAUUUGUUGGUGGGAGCCCAAUCAAACGAUACCGCCGAUCGCGUAGCAGGCUGGCAAAUCUUGAACAAGGCUUUCCAGAAACAAAAGUUUACCAACAGAUACCUUGCCAUUUGCUUUCAGAACUAUCUGCCAAGACUGGAACCUAUUUACUUUUUGGAAGGUACCUUGCUAUUUGUGAAGAGCGGGAUCUAUUUCUGGCUAAAGGAGAAAGAAGAUGAGUCCCCCGAAAACGAGAAUGUUAAGCUAGAUUUGUCGUUCGACUUUCUCGCCAUGGAGCAGUUAUGGCGAAUAAUCGGGAGCGCCCCCCAAGGACCAGUCUAUGAAAUGGCCAUUCAAGAACUUGUGGGUGUUUACGUGGGCCCCUUCAUCGAAAAGUUACCUCUCCUCAAGGCACGAGAGUUACAUCUAGCAUUUCUCACGCGAUGCUUGGGCAACCUCGCAGAUGCUGCAGGCAAAUUGAAGACUGCUGGUGAUGAUCGAGCCAGUGGAGAGGAUGAUGAUAUGGUCAUGGUGAUACCGGAGUCUCAAAUUCACGUACAGGACCUGCUUUUCACUCGAUCACUUGCAGCUUUGCAAGCAUUCCUCACGGCUUAUUCAAGCAACAACCACUUUGCCACCCGAAAGUUGCGAUCCGCUGUCACUAUCCCAUCAGAUGCUGUACAGGGCGCUGCUAUCAAGAUCCGGUAUCAAGUAUUUGAUGAAACUACGUCGUCUAUAAAGGAGCUUACCAUAGGCGCGUUAGACACAGCUGCUACAUUAGUUGCAAAAUUGCAGAGGGAAACGGAUUUCACUUCUUGCAGAGUAUUUUACAGUGGAAAGGAGUUCAAACACGAUGAGACCGAAUUGUGUAAGUCUGUGGAAGAUCUCAAUCUGAAUGGACUUGUCCUUGUCAAGCGCCGUGAUGAUGGAGACCCUCCAUUGCUAAGCAACAAUGGUCCCCUCCAAUUGGAGAUUACAAAGAAGUUCGAUCAACUUUGGAGCUAUCUUGGCAUGCAAGAAAAUUUGGCAGAAAAGAUUUACUCAUUUCUCAUUCAAUUUCCCGUCUAUGACAGAGUUCUGCAGGAUCUUGGCAAUUCUACUGUCCCCUAUACCGAAAUAUUUCCGCUCGGGCAACCAUACAAAGCUUUGUAUGGGCUGUAUGGAUUGAAGCAGUAUAUUUCCUCUCAGUCUCUAAAGGGAUCCGUGGAUGAGACUGUUUUCAAUCGAGCGAUAAUUUUACUCAUUGCUGCGAUCUCCGAUCCGAAAUUCCUUGGAAAUUGUGCGCCGCAAGCAAUUAGACAAACUCUAGCCAUGCAUUUUGUCAGCAGCUUGGCAUCACUUCUUAAGGACCCCUCUCUACCUCCAUCAUCGACGGUCGGCAUUGACGACAAGCUUUUGAGACGUCUCCUAGAUUUACUAUACGCUGCCAAAUUAGUAACGACUACAGAAACCUCGGUUCAUUUGAUAUGGACAAGUGUUGAAGCUUUACUUGAAGUUGCCACUCAAAACUCUGCUUUAUGGAGUACCUUUGUUCGCCAUCUCAAGGACAGCACUCUCCUAAAGGAUCUUCUCUUAGAAGAUCCUCGCCCAUUCGUCAGAAAAGCCAUUUUGAAAUCCAUCACGGGUAAAUGUACCUUUAACCCUAAUUCGACUUGUGUUUCCACAUCGGAGGUUGCUGUUACAUUAUGGCCGACAUUAGCCAAUUUGAUACCCGAGGCUGCCGAGAGACCCAAACAGUGCGAGGAGACGUUCCUACUUGCACUGACGAUGUUCAAAAGAGUUUUAGAAACAACGGUCGAUUUAGAUCUCAACACAGUCGCUCAGGAAUGGGGCAAUCUACUCCUCAACCACAAGAACUACGAAGACGUCGGGCUACCUGAAACUGUUGAUAUGGUCACCCAAGGGUUAAUCAACUUAUUGCAUCAUGCUGUAACUACCAUGAAACAAUCCGAACAAAAACUGUCCUGCGGGGAUCUUGCAGUUGAGCUUUUCAAGAGACAUUUGUUUCCCACUCUCUCAACCGAGGAGGAUAUUGGAAUAGAUGGACUCAUUGCCCAAAAAAUCCCAGUGAUAAAUUCUAGAAACCGGAAUGCCAUGGGAGAGACGGUAUUGGCUCUAGUCAAGGACGAUACUACCCAGUAUAAAGAAGUAUUGCAAUUACUGUCAGAUACCAUUCCUUAUGAUUCAAGAUCCGAUAAUCCUUAUCUUUUGGAAAUGUCAGUGAGCUUUGAAAGAUCGAAGUAUAUCAGAUCGCCAACCGGCUAUGUUGGUCUGAAGAAUCUUUCUAAUACGUGCUACCUCAACUCUUUGACGACACAACUAUUCAUGAAUGUGUCGUUUAGGGAAUUCAUUUUCAACUCGCAUAUCGCUGUUCCUGGAUCACAAAAGCUCCUGCUUGAGACUCAACAACUAUUUUCUUUCAUGCAAAACAGCAUGAGAAGAUUUGUCGACCCAACCAAUUUUGCUACGGCUAUCCCAACUUAUGAAGAGCUUGAGCUCGAUGUCACCGUUCAAAUGGAUGUUGACGAAUUUUACAAUCUGCUCUUCGACCGUUUGGAGCGUGAAAAAUUAACAGACGAUGACAAGCGCAAAGUCCGUUCAUUUUAUGGAGGCAAAUUGGUACAGCAAGUCAAGUCUAAAGAGUGCCCUCAUAUAUCAGGGAGAGUAGAGGACUUCUCCGCCAUCCAAUGUGAUAUCAAGGGGAAAAAGUCACUCGAAGAAAGUCUGCAGGCUUAUGUCGAAGGCGAGGCCAUGGAAGGCGAUAACAAAUACAAAUGCGAGACUUGCAAUCGUCAUGUUGAUGCAGUCAAACGAGCGUGUCUUAAGGAUGUGCCGGACAAUUUAAUCUUUCAUUUGAAAAGAUUCGAUUUUAAUCUUCGCACACUCACACGAAAUAAGAUCAACGACCACUUCGCAUUUCCAUCAUCGAUCGAUAUGCGGCCUUAUAAGGUUGAAUACCUCAUGAAUGAAUCAGGCGAAGUUGAAGAGGAUAUUUUUGAGCUUGUUGGUGUUCUUGUCCACUCUGGAACAGCAGAAUCCGGCCAUUACUAUUCUUUCAUCCGAGAGCGGCCACAAGUUGAUGGCAAAGGGAAUUGGGUGGAGUUCAACGAUGAGAACGUGACUUCUUGGGAUCCAGUUUUCAUGGAGGCAGCCUGCUACGGUGGCCUUGAACCUGGGACUGUUGAGAACCCCCUGCAGUUCGAAAAGAAUUAUAGUGCCUAUAUGCUGUUUUACCAACGUUCUUCAACGUUGACCGUCACAAAGGAAGAAGUGGCGAAAAAGAAGAACGCAAAUCCAUUAAAGGUAGCCGUCAAUCGGCCACAGGCAAAUCACAUAACUAUGGAGAACGAGCUUGUAAUGCGCAAAUACUGUCUCUACGAUCCUGCCCAUGCUCUUUUCGUUCGGAAUAUUUUUGAAAACACAAGGCACUUGAACAAGAUUAAGAACAGUGGGAUCUGCUCAGAUUCGCACGAUCUUGAAAAACAGGCCAUGUGGGUUGCAAUGUCUCAUCUGGACCAAGUUGUCGCACGUUCAAAAGAUGUCCCAGACAUUGGAAUAUUCGUAAAUACUUUGCGAGUACAAUGUCAACAUUGCGGAGAGUGCAGCCGCGACUUUCUUGACUUUCUCUGUAGAUGCACUGAUUCUUUCCGUUUCUUGCUUCUGAGAUGUCCUGAAACCAUGGUCCGUUCAGAGGUAGGUAUUUUAGUCCUCGGAGCGUUGAUGGCGGUUAAAAAUGGGAUUGCUUAUGCAUACGGUCUUGCUAAAGGUGGGAUCGUUAAGCCCGGAGAGCCGAAUUUGCUUCAAGAAGUGGUUGGUGCCUUAACUCGACUAUAUGAAAAUUUUCAUAAUAGUCUAAGAGCUUGGCCUGAAUACUUCGGCUUGCUCGCCAGCAUCGCCAACAUUGGGAAUGAUGAAGCAGCAUUCAUUCUCGACUCGGGAUUUCUCAUGAAAACUUUAGAUAUCAUCUGUGCAGAUCCUAUUGACACUCAUAGCCCUCAAAUAAUGCGGAUGCUUACAUUUAUUGCCAAGAAGAAUUCGACAGCAAGACAGGUCUCUUAUGAUAGCAUCAUCGACCUCUUAUCCCGACUUAUCUUAACUUGCGACCCGGCGGUUCCUGAAACUAACCAAUCUGAUUCCCGCCUACAGCUAUUCCUUGGUGGUCAUAGCAUACCCUUCACAUGGGAAGAAAGACAGAGAAUAGAUUGCCACUGGACGAGGACCAACGCCCAUGUCCUUACUGAGAAGCUUCUCAUAAUUAAUCAGAACCAGCACGCAACGAAAUCAAUCAUGGCCAGGAUCUUACAUUUUCCGGAUCAGAACCAUCUUGACCAAUAUGUGUAUUGUGCAAUCACUCACGGCAUCAGAAGAAACACCUCAUUAUCCUGGAGUCCGUUUUUGAGAGCGGCGGUAUUGUAUUGCGAGCAUUCAGAAAAUCCGCAAGCGAUUCUGGAAAUUGCUACUCAUAUUGCUAAGGCUUCGGUCCACAUUGAACAUAACGAGGGAUCAGAAUAUCUUCGCUUCUUCAGAGAUCUCAUCAAUCUGCAGAGCAAUCACAACGACGUUUCUCGGGAAGAUAUCACGAGUGUUGUCUUACAUACAACUUCUCAUUGGGUCCCUCUACUUCUCACUCAUUUUGAAAGUUCUGUCAGAUCUGAUACUGAAGAGUUCCUUGGAGAAAUCAUCUUUAAUAUGGGUAUCGAGGUGGACAAUACUGCACCAGGGGGCGAAAUGGACCUGGCGUUAAGCAGGAUAAAAAUGUCUCAAAAGCUAGGCCACGCUUGUUUAGAUUAUCUACAUGAAGUCUAUAUACGACAACGAGUGCAACCCGUGAGGACAAUUAUGAUUAACAUCGAGCAUGUUAUUGGUCUUUGCCUUCAAUAUUUUGAGCCCGGACAAGCAGCCGAUGCAUACAAACAGAAAGUAGAAUCUGUCUGGAAAGACUUGAGAAGAUAUAUGGUUGAUGAAGCAGACGAGGAAGCCUCUGAAUGGGGUAAUUCCGAUGAUGAUUAUGGCUCUGAUGAACCUAUCGACAGCAUAACGGAACUUUGCGAGCCUAUGGAUAGCGAAUUGGAGGUACAGCUCUAA